GCUGGGGGGAAACGUGAUUCGUGCGCGGAACGUGGCACAAGGCGCACAGGCGUGAAGAGGAGCCGAGAAGGAAGAUCAGGCUCACGACAGGUUUAAUGCUGAGCAGUGUCAGUGUCCUCAAACUUUGCAGGAGUGGCACGUGGUGUGAGGGCUGAUGAUGAGGAAUUAUCCGGAGUGGAGUCCACGGGGUUAAAUGUCCACGUCUCUUAAAUGGUGCACCCCCCCCGCCAUUUUAACAUCAGAUCUAUUUUGGUUUGGCAAUAAAAAUUCAACUUUCAACAUCCUAAUCUUUCCAAACCACCAAAACAAUCCCCCUUUCUAACGCCUUUGGUGAAAACACGGGGAUUAACGGGAAGUAAACACCGCGCGUAAACACGGCGCGACCUCUUCCCAAGGUGUGUGAGUGUGCGCGCCCCUGUGAAUGUGUGUGUGUGUGUGUGUGUGUGUGUGUGUGUUGUUGCCCGGAGCAGGGAAGGUUUACCCACUCAGAGCUGCGUUGUCAGUAACCAUGGCUCCGGCCCAGCUGUGUGCGCCAACACGUGCCUCUCGCCUCUUUAUUAAUCUCAGCAUGUGCGCUGCUCUCCCACCUUCAUCUCGAUGUCUCUGUCUAACUAUGGGGAAAUGACGGUGAUCGUAAUAUUAAUGGUGAUUAUAAUUAUUUCUAAUGGAAGGUUUAAUGACUUUGGCCGAUUUUUCAGAUCCACUAAAAUAAUCUGAGCCGAUUCACCCCCCAAAAUAACCCAGAGUCACUGGUUUGGUGAUGUUUUUUUUUACUGUUCUCACUAAUGACACAAGUCAGCAGGGUCUGGAUCUGUGAAUAUACACAUUACCAGUGAUUUAUCAACCUCUCCGGGAAGUUAAUCUGAUAUUAAGUGACACCUGUUACCCUCCUCGGAACAUUAAACUGUUCAAAAACAACCAAAUCCGAGCCCCUGUAAUGCCCUCACAUGCCUUAUGAUCACAUUACUUCUCCCUGUGAGUCAUGUGACUCUUGUCGGGCUGGCAGCGUAUGGCUCUCUUGUGUAACAGUGCUGACAAAGAGGGAUCCAAUCACUCCUGAUCUCAAAUGAAGUGUGACCUCCUCUGCACUGGCUUUUCAUUAACUCGUACCUGCUGAUGUGGCCCUGCACUUUCCCUUUCUCGUGUUUAAUGUAACUACAAGAGAAACCCUCUCGCUGCCGCACGUUGGAGUACCCCUUUGUGUCUUCCUCCCCCCCACGCCUCCUUCCCCUCUCUUGCUUUCCUCCACAGUAUGCCGCCUGCUCUAUAUGUGGCACUAGGGCGGCUCUAGGAAUCCAGUCCAAAUGUUUUCCAUAUUAGUUCAGAGCCUUCUCUGUUUCCAAAUAGCAACCGGGCUGCGGGCUUUUGGUGAGAGGAGGCCUCAGCAGGGAGGGGACGGGGCAGGAGGCAGUCGGCAGGCAGACAGGCAGGCUCAUCCACCCUAAACACUGCAAUAGUUCAAGUUGAGAGGGACAGAGGGGGGAAAGGGAGUGAGAAGACAGGAGGAGAAAUGGGGCAGAAAGGUUCCACAGAGAAGACGGAGGCCAAGAAGAGGAGAGAUGGAAGUCCAGAGCCAGGACAAAGCAAAAGGUGCAGAGGCUGCUGCUUCCCGCUGCUCGUCGCCCUGCUCCAGCUGCUGCUGGGGGUGGCUGUCGCAGUCGUGGCCUUCCUCAUGUCGGCCAUCAGCCCCUCGCUCCUGACCCGGGAGACCCCACACUGGGCGGGGAUCAUCCUCUUUUUCGUCUCCAUCGUGGGCUUCGUCCUCUGCUGUAUCACCUACGUCCCCGACGAGAGGACGUCUCUGCAGUUCAUUGUCAAGCUCCUCUACUUUAUCCUGUGUGUCAUCGGCCUGGUCAUUUCCGUGCUGGUUAUAGCGUUCGCUGGGCACCACUACUCACUGACCAGUAGCCUCAGCUGCGAGCAGGUGGAAGGGGACUGCGUGUGCACCCUGGACCGAGACGACCCAAUCGCCCGCACCUUCGUCUACGAGGCCGCCGGCGACUGUGAGGCGAUCAGCGGGACGCUCACGCUCUACUUCCUGAUCCAGAUCAUGCUGAACGUGGCCCAAGCGCUCGUCUGUGCCGUCGGGGCCUUCAUCAUGUGGAAGGACCGGUACCAGGUGUUCUUCGCCGGGCUUCAGAUCGCCGCCCCCUCCACUCAGCACUGGCAGAGGGUUUAAUGUGAUGAGGACAGGGUAGAUGGGCUGAGUCUAAUCAGCCGGUUCAGGAUGGAGGGAAUCUGCUUCUGGUGUGUGUGUUUACUUUGAUCAGUUUAUAUCAACCUUGAAUGGCUUUUUGCACAGAUUUUGUAUAAGUAAGAUUUUUCACUUCCAGCUGCUGAUGUUAUAAAAUUGUAUAGUAUGAAAAGAAGAAGAUCUAGUAUCAUGGAAAAAGUUAAAGUGAUUAUCUGUGUUCCAGCACGAUAAUGAACUCUUCACAAUGUUUCUAAUUAUGUUGAUGUUGAUCUUGAGACAUAUGAUUUAUAUAUAAUUACAGAACGAGACAACACAUGUAUUUGUUUUGCACUUAACUCUCAAAAUAUAUCGGCAAAAAUGUCCUUUGGUUUGAGUGACAUUGUUUUAAUGAUCCGAAUUAGCUGCUUCAAUGAUUGAAACAACAAAUGGUGGUUUGCAAAUACACAAAGAUGCAGCCUCAAGCUUUAUUAGUUCAUUGCUUUAAAACACUGGAGAUUAAACUCUGUAUUGCGACUCACUUCCAUGUUGUUUAUCACAAAAAGAGCACAAAUUCCACAAAUAACCAUUUUUAUUAAGUUUGCCACCGUGCUCACAGAGAUCCAAAACCCAGACAGCUCAGUUAGACACAGUGAGAACUGAUCCUGACAGACUCUCUGCUCCGUGACACUGGAUCCGGACUGAGCCGGGCUGUGGCUCGUGAAGGCGGAUGCCAGGCCGGGAGCCAGCAGUGACUCAAAACAGCCUGUAGGAGUCAAAAGACUGCAGCCACAAAGGGAGGAGGGGGGAGGGGAGUGCUGGGGUGAGGUGAGGGGGGACUCAGACAGGCAGCUGGACCCAACUAUGUUCUCUGUGUGUUUACAGCAUUUUCACAUGUUGGGACGAGCACAAAAAGAAUGAAACAAGCACAGAAGUUUAGGGACUGGAGGCCUCAACGUGACUCAGUCUCCUCUGCAGAUUCAGAGGAGUGUAAUCCCUGUGCAGUUUUGAAUCUAAUUUGUCAGUGAUGAAAAAAGUUUGACUGACUGUUUUAUUUCUCGGAGAAGCCAGAAAACAGCGUACUGUCUGGGAAUAAAGAAUCCAGGAUGUGCAUUGCAAGCUGUCAAACGUUUUGUGGUUACAAAUACAAAUCUUUGAUUCAGCUAAA